GAGAGAGAGAGAGAGAGAGAGAGAGAGAGAGAGAGAUAGGACUUCCUCCCCGAUUCGCAAAGUGAAGUCACUUCCCAAAAUUAGCUGAAAAAAAGUUUCAUCCGGUUAACUGUCUCUUUUUCGCUCCGCUACAACAACAAACGUGCGCAGGGGAACCGCGAGGGGCAGGGCGCUCGCGGGGGGCACGCAGGGAGGGCCCAGGGCGCCAGGGAGGCCGCGCCGGGCGAAUCCGAAGGGGCUGCGAGGUCAGGCAGUAACCGGGUCAAUGUGUGGAAUAUUGGGGGUCUCGACUGCAGACUUGGCCCAAUGGACGGCACUAUUAAGGAGGCUCUGUCGGUGGUGAGCGACGACCAGUCCCUCUUCGACUCGGCCUACGGCGCGGCCGCCCACCUGCCGAAGGCCGACAUGACCGCCUCAGGGAGCCCCGACUACGGGCAGCCCCACAAGAUCAACCCGCUGCCCCCACAGCAGGAGUGGAUGGCGCAGCCAGGGCGGGUGAGCGUGAAGCGAGAAUACGACCACAUGAAUGGGUCCAGGGAGUCCCCCGUGGACUGCAGCGUGAGCAAAUGCAGCAAGCUGGCGGGGCCCGGCGAGUCCAACGCCAUGAACUACAACAGCUACAUGGACGAGAAGAAUGGCCCACCCCCUCCCAACAUGACCACCAACGAGAGGAGGGUCAUCGUCCCCGCAGACCCCACGCUGUGGACGCAGGAGCAUGUGCGCCAGUGGCUGGAGUGGGCCAUCAAGGAGUACGGCCUGGUGGACAUGGACACGGCCUUCUUCCAGAACAUGGACGGCAAGGAGCUGUGCAAGCUGAGCCAGGAGGACUUCCUGCGCGCCACGUCCCUCUACAACACCGAAGUGCUGCUGUCGCACCUCAGCUACCUCAGGGAAAGUUCACUGCUGGCCUAUAACACGACCUCCCCCCACACGGACCAGUCGUCACGGCUCAGCGUCAAGGAAGACCCUUCCUAUGACACUGUCAGGAGAUCCGGGUGGAGCAACAAUAUGAAUUCUGGCCUCAACAAAAGUCCUCCCCUGGCAGGAGCCCAGACCAUGAGUAAGAACACAGAGCAGCGGCCCCAACCAGAUCCAUACCAGAUCCUGGGCCCCACCAGCAGCCGCCUCGCCAACCCUGGAAGUGGGCAGAUUCAGCUGUGGCAGUUCCUCCUGGAGCUACUCUCGGACAGUGCCAACGCCAGUUGCAUCACCUGGGAGGGCACCAAUGGGGAGUUCAAGAUGACGGACCCCGAUGAGGUGGCCAGGCGCUGGGGGGAACGGAAAAGCAAGCCCAACAUGAAUUACGACAAGCUGAGCCGGGCCCUCCGAUACUACUACGACAAAAACAUUAUGACUAAGGUGCAUGGCAAGAGGUAUGCCUACAAAUUCGACUUCCACGGCAUUGCACAGGCCCUGCAGCCGCACCCCACUGAGUCGUCCAUGUACAAGUACCCGUCCGAUAUCUCCUACAUGCCCUCUUACCACGCGCACCAGCAAAAGAUGAACUUCGUGCCUCCACAUCCCUCCUCCAUGCCUGUCACUUCCUCCAGCUUCUUUGGGCCUGCGUCCCAAUACUGGACCUCCCCCACGGGGGGCAUCUACCCCAACCCCAGUGCCCCCCGCCAUCCUAACGCCCACGUGCCCUCCCAUUUAGGCGGCUACUACUAGAAGCUUCAUCCUCAGUGAGUUUCCCUCGUGAAGUUCCCCCCAGUGGACAUGAGACUUGGAAGAGAAAGCAAAACUGGAUGCUCUUUCUUAUGGGAUAGAACCUUUGUAUUUGUACU